GUAAUAACAGUGAGGCUACUCAGACUGCGCGCCUUUCCACCCGCGUGCCGCGUAAACGUUUACGUUAACUUUGAAAACUUUUUAAAUAUAAAACAUUGCAAUAUUGCUGUUUGUUUUUAUAUUUUGUGAAAGUGCGUUGCAUUUCCCAGGGACAUUUAGGAUGAGUCUAUUGCCACGAUCUUAAAUCGGACGUUCCACUCAGCUGAUAUUUGUUUUGAUUAGGAAACGUCGUUUUGUCGCCGGCCGGUCAUCCAUUGCAGGAACUUAGGAGCUGCACUAUACUUCUGUUUAGAUUUCAGCGGGUGGGCGCGUACGCGGUGGCGUCAACGCAGCGCGGCGUGUGCGCGCCGCUGUAAGCGCUCGCCGACGCCCGAGGAACAUGCGCGCAGUGCGAUACCGCCGCGCCGUCAGACCGCGCGCACCAUGCUCAAUAUGAAGCUAAAAGAGCGCCUAGCGCUCGCAAUUAGCGCACUCCUCGUCUUUUUCACCCUCAUGCUUGUCGUGGACAUUCAAAUGGAUUAUGGGAUAUCUGGACACAGAGUGCCGUUACACGGACGCGUCCGCAUCGGAGACGACACGGAUAAAGGACGAUCAGCCUAUAUUGAGUUUCGGAAGAGAUUCCUACAAAAAAGCAACGUCGGUAACAGUUCUCGAGAAUAUGAACAAUCGGCGCCGGGUGAGACGAGCGGUAGUGCGGCAGACACUGAGCCCCGAACACCAGCGCCACCAGCAGACCGGUACGAAGACUUGUUGAAGAUCCUCCACGACCAACUGCAGGGCAGGGCGGAUAACAAUCCCGUGGUAGUACCCCCACACCGCGACUUGAAUGUUUUAAGACCAGAGAACCCUACCAUUGGAGAGAUGGAGGAUUUAGAACCAAGUAUAAAUGCAUCGAAUCUGGAGAGAUUUCAAUUGAAGAUAGCUCAGCAUGAAUUGUAUGAAGACGGCGAGCCGUUAGUGGAUGCGGUAUUAAAAGAUAUGGCAACUGCCCCUGUCCUACAUGCUGAGCAAAAGGAGGGCGGCACUCAAUUGAAGUUAAUCAUUGAUUACCCAAAUGGUGUUCAAGCGCUUUUCAAGCCUAUGAGAUUCCCCAGAGAUGUACAGACGUUGCCGAAUCAUUUCUACUUCUCGGAUUACGAACGGCAUAAUGCUGAAAUAGCGGCAUUUCAUUUGGACAGGAUAUUGGGCUUCCGCCGCGCCAUGCCGGUCGUGGGCCGUGUACUGAACAUGACCACAGAGAUUUAUGACGUCACCGAAGGAGACAUCCUGAAGACCUUUUUCGUGUCGCCCGCGAACAAUUUCUGCUUUCACGGAAAAUGUUCGUAUUACUGCGACACUGGACAUGCUAUUUGCGGGAACCCCGAUAUGUUGGAGGGGAGUUUUGCUGCGUUUCUCCCGUCAUCUGACAUAGCUGAAAGGAAGGUUUGGCGUCAUCCGUGGAGAAGAUCGUACCAUAAAAGACGAAAAGCCCAAUGGGAGCUGCAGUCAGAUUAUUGUGAUACGGUUCGCACCACGCCCCCUUAUGACUCAGGACGGCGGUUACUCGAUUUGAUGGAUAUGUCCAUUUUCGACUUCCUCACUGGUAACAUGGACAGGCAUCACUAUGAGACUUUCAAAAUGUUUGGUAACGAGUCGUUCACCCUUCAUUUGGACCAAGGGCGAGCGUUCGGUAAAGCGUUCCACGACGAGCUCAGUAUCUUGGCUCCACUGCUUCAAUGCUGUAUAGUUCGACACACCACUCUCUCUGUGUUGCUCAAAUUUCAUAACGGAAUACCACUUUCAAAAGUGCUACGAGAAACAAUGCAGUCAGAUCCAGUCUCUCCCAUAUUAUGGGAGCCCCAUCUCGCCGCACUCGACAGAAGAAUCGUCAUAAUCCUUGACGCCAUCAGAAAGUGUGUACAGAAAUCCGAAAACCCGUUGCAAAAUGAAGUGAACGACUUCGUAUGACCGCUGACAAUAUCGGAAUGUAACCGGACUAAAGGCAAUGAUAUAAUAAAAGAAAAAAGGUAGAUACGUUAUGAGCGCGCCGAAAACGAACUCUGGAGAUGAUGCUAAUUACCACCACUAUAAUAUUUACGUACUCUAUCACAUGUAUGAUAAACACUGGCCUUUUUUGACCGGUAUUUAUCCUUAUCGUUUUGUCACUCCAUCCUUUUUAAAUUACUUUCAAUGUGGAGUAUUUCCUAUGUUGCUGUAUUUAGAAAAUUUUUUUAGUUGUUUUCCGAUCGUUUAACGUAUCUUUAAACAAUCAUUGACUAAAGGUCUCCAUGCAGAGUGAUACAAAUGUAAUAGAUGAGGAAUAAACACAAAGGGUUGUUGCAAUCAGCGGAUAUCUAGCUAGUCGAGUCGUGUGUCUCAUAUAACCUAAGGAAAACUUAGUUCGUAAGGCUUAGUCCAAUACAAGGUGUGACACAACUUUGGUUCUGUCUUCAAGACUUUUAGACAUAAGUUCAUAGUGCCAAAGAUUGUCCAAAUGAUUAUCUGAUACUGAGCAUAAUAUUUAAUCAUUCCAAUAAACUGUCGCGGAUGAGCCAUUGUAUGCCAAAAAUGAAUGAUUAAGACAAUUCGACAUUCAAAUUUGUUAAUGAUGUAGGAUGCAAAUAAUAAAUUGGAAUCAGUAUUGAUAAAACGCUAAAACAAUAUAGGUAGGUAGUUUUUUAAAUAUUAUUUUGUAUAUUAUGAAAUAUAAUGUUAAGGUGAAAUGUGAUUAAGUUUAAUGCAAUCUAUGUACAUAAUUAGAAAUGCAGUUUGACUAUAGUUUUAAGGUUCAAGACAUUUAUAAUUUUAAUAUUACAAUGCAUACUUAUACAAUUUUCAUUUUCUGUUGAGCUCAUCUCUUCAUGUAAUAUCUUUUACCAUAACUCGAAACUCAUAAGAUACCUUUAUCGUUAUUCCGUUGUUUAUUAGUAAGUAUGUGAUAUAGUUUAUAAUUUGUUUUAUCUUGCUUUUAACAUUUUUGGAGGCUUGAGAUAUAAGACUUAACUAUAAUUCUAAAAGUAUAUACAUGCAUUAUUUUAUAAUCUAUCUACUUAUUUAUUUUCUAAAAAAUAUUUUAUGAAAUAUCAAAACGAUAUUUGUGCAUGUAACCAAAUGAUAAUGGCUACGAUUUUCUAAAUUUUUGCUAUUUGUUUUUAUAUUUAUUAACAUGAUAUAAUAUUAUGAUCUCGAUGAAAUAAACUUGUGAAUUAUGUUAUUACUAUUUCGUAUAAUUGUAUACCUAAUUCUGUAAUAUAAAAAUAAAGUAAAAACAUAUUUUUGCAUAGAUUUUAUUUACAUCUAUGUUAUUUAUACGUAGAGUAACGUGUGGUUUCCUAGUUAGUUUAAAUUGGUUAGUAAGCUGUGUACAUUUAGAUGUUAUGAAUAUCAUCAGGUUCUUAUAUACCAGAGAGAUCCCACAUUUUAAGUAAAUUUAAUGUAAUCGAGAUAUAAAUCAGUUAGUGUCGCAAACUCGUGGUUUAUAAUGUAAAAUAUUAUGAAUUUUCGCGAAUAUCCGAUAUAAUAAAUAAAUGUUUUAAUAACAAUUAUUAUCGUACCACCCAAAAAGAAUGGUAAAAGAACUUAAGUUUUUUUUCCAAACAUAACUAAAUUUUACUUUUUUAUGUUUUUUUUUUGUAUGAAAUAACUUUACCGAAUAUAAUAAAAUAUGGAAUAAUCAUAAAAAAUAGGUGGUACAUAAUAGGAAUAAUUGACAUAUAAUUUAAUUGCUCAUAAAAUAUGUCUAAUAUGUUGGGGCAUAUUUAAUAACUUGUUAAAAAUUUAUAACAUUGUAAGAUUCUGAUUAUAUUCAUAGUAAAAAUAAAAAAAAAAACGACCGCGUACCGCGUCGAGUCCAAAAGUAUGCUAGUUAUACCUAAUUAGUUUCUUAUAAUUAUUUAAUUGUGCGUGUAGAUCGGAUUCAACCGUGUCUCUCAGUAAAGCAUGUUUGGCCUUUCACCCUAUUUUAAGUUUCAUUAUCAGGUUUAGAUUAAUUCUCUUUUAACCUAAUAAAAUUUCGUAAUUCCACAUAAAAUACAAUUUAUAGAAUAUUAAUAUUGUCGUAGGCUUCUAGUUUAUUUGUUUAUAUCCAUACUUAUUAACAACAUAUUAAAACUUCAUACAAAAGAUAUCAUGUUUAAAUACACCUAUAUAAUGGGUACGAUUGGAUUGAAUUAGUAUGAUGUUACUAGUUGGUUGAAAAAGUGUACAAUAUUACAGAAUAUGCUCUUUUUUCAGUGCCACUUUUUAGUAUCUGAUUAUGAACCUUGGGUUCUUUAUGUAUAUCAAAGUACAUACAUGCAUGAGUUAUUUAUCUUUAUUAUGAAAAAAUAUUGUGUUGUUAAUUUUUGUAAUAUUUUUUGUUUAUAUACAAAAUUAAAAGUGUCAAACAUGCUUUCCUUUCGGACUUAAAUACCUAUAGUUAUAAUAUUGCUCAUGUGAGAAGUGUGAAUGUAUGAUGUCGACUUGCCAAAGACGUACCUACAAAUUUAAAAUAAAAAGUGUUGUAUGAUGUGAUGUUGCAAAAUAUAAACUUUCUGUUGAUUGUUUAAAAAUUAAAGUUAUGACAUUCGAGGGAUA